GCUCUGAGUUCUCAGUGGGGAUGAAGCCUACAAACUGCUUCUGGAGGCCUGCCACUAGCUCUACUCUUUCACUCUGCCAUUGAUCGUCUCAUUUCUACUCCGGGUGUCUGGUUCUUCAUUCACAAGAUCGGAGCUGAGGUUUUCCAUGAGGAGCCGGAAGAAGGCACCCUGGGCCUCCCAGUCUAUGGUGAGAAGAGAAAAGCCUGCUCCCUGGGGAGCUCUGAUGUUCACCCAGCUGCCUCCCAUACAAAGUGCCUGGGCAGCCCAGGGCGGAACAAGCCGAAGGGAGACUCUGGCCUCUGUAGCCUCAUAUCUGUGCUUGAGCAGGAAGCCCCCUGUGCAGCCCAAGAAGAAAGUGUCCAAACAGAAGGCACGGGGCCAGAGACGGGAGGGGGAGCCCACCCUGAAGAAGGCGAGAGACCUAGUACUCAGCUCCGGCCCGGCCCCCUGGCCUGCCAGCACCACUCCAGGCAGUCAGUCCAGACCAGUCAGAGGUGGGCCAGCCGAGCAAGAGCAAGAAGGUAAAGCAGGCUGACAUCCUCAUAGCCCAUCUGGCCAGUGAGGUGAGAUGCCUCAAGAAGUGGAAGAGGCAUUUGCUUGCUCCUGUGGGGGAGACGUCAUCCCUGGUGAGCCUCCAGAAGCCACCCUGCCUGAAGAAGCUGAUCAGAACUCCCAGGCAUUCCCCUGGCUCUCUGGAAAUCAGUCACAAGCCCCUGUCCGAUAUCAGACGGUUCUUUACCUUUGACUGCAAAAAUGUCUGCAAUGUCACCUGUAUUCUGUGUCACGCCAGCAUCAGACAGGGGAAAUUUAAGGGGCAUCUCCAGACCUCAGGCCUGGUCCAUCACCUGGUGAGCAAGCAUGGGCUGGAGAGAGAGAGAAGGCCGGCUGUGGCCAGCCCGGGGGAGAAGGGAGAGCUGGAGGAGAGAAAGCACAAGGGCCUGCCUGCAAGCCCUGCUAGCUUGGCCCCUGAGGGGCUCCCAUCCCCAAGACACUGCCUGGACACCUCAGCCUCGGAAGACAGUGGCAGGGUGCCGGGCCCAGGCAGGCCUGAGCAGCUCUUCCUGGCUCUGCCACCCUUGUCCCCUUCCAUCAAUGAUGAACCUGUCGUUGUACCCCUGGCAGUUGGGGAGGGCCGGGGUGGCACUGACAUCACUGGCCAGCCCCAAGCACAGGCCUGGAAUCAUAGCAUUGCACAGUUGCUCUGUAGCCUCACAUUGCCAUUCUCCUUUACUUCCUCCCUGCCUUUCAGAAGAUUCAUGGCCCAGGUAGACCCCUGCUACCAAGUGCCGCCUCCAGCCUUCUUCUUUGAGAAAGCCUUGCCUCUACUCCACGAGGCGGUCAGUGAACAGGUGUGUCGGGAGAUGCAGUGGGCCAAGGGCAGCUGUGUCCACCUUACCGUGUCCACUGCUGCCCCAGAUGCAGUUGUGGAUUAUGUGGCCAUCACUGCCCACUGGGGUGCAAUACUGCCGGGCAGUCGGCAGGUGGCAUCGGAGAGCCCACGAAAGCAAGCAGUGCUCUUGGUUCGAGGCCUGGCCCAGGACAGCAGCCUGGAGGAGAGGCAGCAGGCGCUGCAGGAGCAGGUCCGUCUGUGGCUCAGCCGCAGCACCCUGCGACCAGGCUUCCUGGUAUCGGGCAGCUGCGCCAGCCUGGAGCAGGCAGUGAGGAUGGAGGGCUACACCCACAUCCCGUGCUUUGCCCACUGCCUCGACUCCCUGGUGAGAAACUUCCUGUGUCACCAUCAAAGCAUCCAGACCAUCCUGGGUACGGUCAGGGCCAUCUGCAGCCAUUUCCAAGGCUCCUCAGGGGCCCGGCAGCUCCUCAGCCAGCUGCAGCAGCAGUGUGGCCUCCCAGCCCACCAGCCCUUUUGGGAGCUCUCAGACCACUGGGUUUCUGCCUACCGCUUGAUGGAGUGGCUGGUGGAGCAUCGGCGGCCACUGCAGGAGUAUGAGGAGAAAUACCAGCUGGGCAAGGCCGGGACGACCCUGUCGGCUACCUUCUGGAGCCUGAUGAACAGUCUGGUCAUGCUCCUGCAGCCCUUCCACAUGGUGGUCCAGGAGGCGAGCACUGCAUGGGCUACUCUAAGCCAGGUGCUGCCCCAGCUACGCUACCUGCAUAUCAUCCUGGAGCAGAUCCACGAGCACUUUAAGGAGCAGGGUGGUUCAGAGGUGAGCGCAGCCAUCAGGCUGGCCAAGGGCUUGGCCCUGCAGGUCUCCACAGACUGCCAACUCAAUGAGCUCUUCCACCGGAAGGAGUUUGUGCUGGCGACCCUGCUUGACCCCCGCUUCAAGGGCAAGAUUGAGGCCAUCCUGCCCAUGGGGGCUGACAUUGACCAUUGGAAGCAAGUUCUCGUGUACAAGGUGAAGGAGAUCAUGGUGUCCGACUGCUCCUUGCCUCCCUCCCCUUCCCCGCACAGCCCCAAGACCAUGUGUAUGGGCGCCACCAUGAGCAGCAGGAUGGUCAAGGGCCUUGGGGCUGAGGGGAAGGAUGGGACAGAGCCGGGGUGGUGCAGAGGCAGCUCCAGAUCUCUGCUGCUGGGCCAGAGGGAGCGGAGCUUGCUGGAGCAGCUGGAAAGUGCGGGGCUGCUGGCGUCUGAGAGAAGUGGAGCUUCGCUUUCUACCAAGAGCCACCUGGCCAGCAUCAUUGUCAAGAAGUAUCUACGCGAUAACGAGACGAUUGGUGCACAAGAGGACCCGCUGGUUUACUGGGAGAAGAGGCAGGAGGUCUGGCCAGUUCUGGCAACACUGGCUACUGUCUAUUUGUCCUGUCCCCCGACAGGGGCCUUCUGUGAAAGUGUCUAUACGUCUCUGGAUAGCCCUGCCAUCCUGGAACACAGCACCCCUCUCCCAGUGGAGACCGUGGAGCGUCUCCUCUUCCUGAAGACCAACUUGGAGAAUUUCCCCAACUACACCAUCCCUUCCCUCCUCUUCCUCAGUGGGGACCUGGCUGAGGGGGAGCAGACCAGCACGGCAGACCUCCAACAGACUCCCUGAACAUCUGCCUGUGGACACACCACCUGGGCUCAGGGGCGAGCAGAAUGUGCACCCUAGGGUGUUGGAUGGGGCUGCCCAGAGUCCUAAACCUCUUUGGAAGGAAUAGGGACAAUUUCUCAAUCCUUGACAGAUUGCCUUCUCCCAGGAGAUACCGUUUUCCAUCCAUCCAUUGUUUUAUUUCUUUCUAGUGGUUUAUGCAUAGAAAAGAUCGAGUCAAAAAAAAAAACAAAGAUCCAAGUGACUAUGAGUUGUGCUGCACAGUUCUAUAAACUGCAGUGUUGGUGGCUAGUAAGGGCCCUCCAUGCAACUUGUCUGUGCAUGUCCAGGGAUACAUGCCCUUAAGAGCCCUGCUUUCUCAAAAAGCGACUGAGGACAAGGAGAGGCAUGGGCACUGGCAAAUGGGAAAUACAUUCAGCCAGCUAGAGCCUGGAAAGCUGUGGAAGCUUUUUCCCAAGUUGCUUUCACUGUAGAAAAAAGAAGCCCUGAGUUAGGGUGGCCAUGUUAAGAAAGAAGUAUGCACACACACACAUAACAGUUUUCUUGGGGGUCUGUGCUUUGUUGUGGAUCCCAGAGUGGCCAGAGAACCCUAGCUGAUGGGACUGCCCAGCCAGUGAGGAGGUGUGGAUUGAGGACAACUGAUGUACCCAGUCCUCAACCUUCUUAUCCAUGGUUUGUUUCAAGACUCCUGGAGAUCCUGGGGUUUCUUUCUACAGUGAAAACAGUCUCUCCAAAAGAGCUUCAUGGCCUACCCAGCUUUAGGAAGCUGCCUGUACCUCUCCUUCUGCCUGGUCACUUGUAAAGUGCAGGUCCCCUACCUGGAAGCAAGAAAGGCUGUCCAUCAGACCCACUGGUGCCUUCCUUCUGGGCAGGGUGCAAGAGCUGAGUGUGUGAGCCCCAGGAGCCGGUGUAUCAGGUGAAAAAAGAAGGCAAAGGAGAGGCCGGAGGACCGGGGCAGGUCUGUCACCCUGCACAUGACUCUGCACAAGCCCAGCUCUCCUGAGGUGCUCAGGAGCUGGAAGGGUGGCUCUGAGAGGGAAGGUAGGUAGGCAGAGGUGGGGCAAGGCACUCAAGGUCUAACUUGAGACUGGGCCCUGGCUGUGGGAGUGAGCCUGAGAUACCUGUCCCCCUGCCUCCCUUGGAAGGGUUAGCAGUCAUGUGUCGCUAUAGGAUUUUUGGAAAUUAUUGAAAAUGUAAGGAAGCAGGAAAAACUACCCAUCAUCUUUCACUCAGGCAGCCUUGUUAAUACUUGGGACAUAUGUCUUUCUCUUUUUUUAACCUCGGGAUCAUAGCCUUUGUCCUGUUUAGUAUGUAGUAUUUUCAUAAUUGCAUCUUCUUUCUUAAAUAAAGGUUUGUGAAGAUCACA